GAAGCAAAUAAAAUAAUUUUUAGAUAUGUUCCUAAAAAUAUCCCAAUUAUUGCGACCUCCAAUAUCCCCCUUAUCUCUUCCGCACGUAGCCAUUGCUGUUCCUUCAUUCGACCUCCCAACCAACUCCUCUCUUCUACUCGUCAGAAGAAUAAAAAACAAUAAAGCAAAGAGGAUAAAACCCUAUUGAUGUAAACUUCACUCACUAGUGUUCAAUUUUUUCUUGCUCACAGUCAAACAUCAAAGAAAAGAUGAAGCGAAAUCACCAAGUGAGUUGCGGCGGAGGUCAAAAUGGUAGCAAUACGUCCGUCUCGAAUAGUAGCAAGGCCAAAAUUUGGGAGGAGGAGCAAGAAUCUGGAAGCAUGGAUGAGUUAUUGGCCGUUUUGGGCUAUAAAGUCAGGUCCGAUGACAUGGCCGAUGUGGCCGAGAAGCUUGAACAGCUUGAGAUGGUCAUGGGUUCAGCUCAACAAGAUGGGAUUUCACAGCUUUCCGAUACAGUUCAUUACAACCCAUCCGAUCUCUCCGGCUGGCUCCAGACCAUGCUCAUGGAACUCAACCCAAUUGACGACGACUUGUCAAACUCUCAGCAGCAGAAGCAGAAGCAGAAACAGAAGCAGAAGCAGAUUGAGACCCAAUCUCGGGUCAUUUACGAUGACAACUCCGAGUACGAUCUCAGAGCCAUUCCUGGUAUUGCAGCCUACCCACAAUCCCAAUUGCAAACCGAGACUGAAAUCAAUAGCAAACGGUUGAAAACCUCAACUGGUUCGGCAUCAUCAUCUUCUUCUUCGGUUGAGCCUCGGCCGCUCGUUGUGGUUGAUGCACAGGAUACAGGGGUGAGAUUGGUGCACACACUCUUGGCCUGUGCCGAGGCUGUUCAGCAAGACAACUUGAAGGUGGCCGACGCGCUCGUCAAGCAAGUAGGCACACUCGCCGUCUCCCAGACCGGCGCUAUGAGAAAGGUCGCCACUUACUUUGCAGAAGCCCUUGCUCGACGUAUUUACAGAGUCUACCCUCAAGAGGAUUCUCUCGUUUCUUCCUACUCGGAUAUUCUUCAGAUGCACUUCUACGAGACCUGCCCUUACCUCAAAUUUGCCCACUUCACUGCCAAUCAAGCUAUUCUCGAAGCAUUCGCCACCGCAACCAGCGUACACGUCGUCGAUUUCGGGCUGAAGCAAGGGAUGCAAUGGCCGGCUCUGAUGCAAGCGCUCGCAUUGAGGCCUGGUGGGCCGCCGGUGUUUCGGCUUACGGGUGUUGGGCCGCCGCAGCCGGACAACACAGACGCCCUGCAGCAAGUGGGUUGGAAAUUGGCCCAAUUCGCGGAUACCAUGGGCGUCGAGUUCGAGUUUCGAGGUUUGGUCGCAAACAGUUUGGCUGAUCUGGAGCCCUCAAUGCUCCACGUCCGUCCGCCGGAAGUAGAGACCUUGGCGGUCAACUCUGUUUUCGAGCUCCACUGCCUGUUGGCGCGACCGGGGGCGAUAGAGAAAGUCAUGGCUUCAAUCAAAGCCAUGAAUCCCAAGAUUGUUACGAUGGUGGAGCAGGAGGCGAAUCAUAACGGCCCGGUUUUUCUGGACCGGUUCAACGAGUCAUUGCAUUAUUACUCCAGCUUAUUUGACUCGUUGGAGGGUUCGUCUGGGUCGAGUGAAGACCUGGUCAUGUCGGAGGUGUACCUGGGAAGGCAGAUAUGCAACGUGGUGGCAUGUGAUGGUGGGGACAGAGUGGAGCGCCAUGAGACCCUGACGCAGUGGCGGAACCGGUUGAGCCGAGCCGGGUUCGAACCGGUUCAUCUGGGAUCCAACGUGUUCAAGCAGGCGAAGACGUUGCUGGCGCUUUACGCCGGCGGAGGUGGGUAUCAGGUGGAGGAGAACAAUGGGUCUCUCAUGCUUGGGUGGCACACACGGCCUCUCAUCGCCACCUCGGCUUGGCAACUGGCGAGUCCGACUCAGUGAGUCGACUCAGUUGAUGAUUGAUGGUGACCAUUGGACAGUGAGUGGGCCUCUGUUGGGUCAGGGGACUGUGAAAGAGGGUGAAACCAAAUCCACAUUAGUAAUAUUGUUGUGUUUUUACCCCUUCAUUUUAAGCUUUAGUUGAGCUGUAAAAUUUCUAGUGGUCUAGAUUUAGUAUGCUUUUACUACACAGUAGUGUCUACUACUGGGCCCUUGUUGCCUUCUUGCACAGUGCAAUUUCAAUUUCUAGAAGAAGACUUGAUAGUGAGAAUGUGUAGCUAUCCGAGUUUCUGUAAUACAUGAUGUGAUGCAUUGAUUCAAUUUGAAUUAGUGAGGUUUGACACUGUCA